AGAAAGUAUAUUAAUUUAAGAAAACUUGCUUAGAUAGAGACCGCAGGGCUUUUUGGCUUUUAGAGAGAGAGAGAGAGAGAGAGAGAGAGAAAGAACCCUAGUUUCCAUAGUCAGUCAGAUUAAGAAGAGGAAGAAGAAGAUGUCCGGGACAACCAACCAGGCGCAGCAAGAGGAGGACAAGAAGCCCAACGAUCAGUCCGCCCAUAUCAAUCUUAAAGUCAAGGGCCAGGAUGGCAAUGAAGUAUUUUUCAGGAUCAAAAGAAGCACCCAACUGAAAAAGCUUAUGAAUGCAUACUGCGAUCGACAAUCUGUGGAGUUCAACUCUAUAGCGUUUUUGUUUGAUGGUCGUCGCCUUCGUGCUGAGCAGACUCCUGAUGAGCUGGAAAUGGAAGAUGGUGAUGAGAUUGAUGCUAUGCUCCACCAGACUGGAGGAGCUUCUCUUAUGUAAUCAUAAAAAUUGUCACUCUAGUAGUACUAUAUAUCGUGAACUACUUCAUGUGGAUUGGGUUAUGAAGGAUUAGGUGUUUAGUUUAUCUUUUUUUAUUUUCUUUUAAGACCUAUUCUAGUUAUCGGCCUCGGACGAAUCGAACUUAUUUUUGCUAUACUUCUUUUCUUGGUCUUUGGAGUAUGAAAGUAUCGGUUUAUGCUUAAGAUGGAUGUGUUUGGCCUAUGGCUUGCAAUUUGGUUAGCUUGUGAUUUUCACUGUAGAACAGCAUUGAAACAGUGAAUAAAGAAUUUGAACAGUUAAGGUA